AUGGGAAUGAAAUGUCUAAUACCCUCGGCUUUCACUCAAAUGUUUGGCUGCUCAUCAAACCAAACCAAUCAAACCAGAAACUUGGUAAGCAGACACAACAAAAUAAAGAUGAUGGAGAAAGAGAAAUUUCCAAGUGGGUUUCAAGUUCCUCUUCACUACCCUAAAUACUCCAAGUCUGAUUACGAAGCCAUGGAUGAUCUCACCCUUGACUUGCUCCUCACACAAUAUGGAAUCUCCUUCGAAGGAUCUCUUGAAGACAAAAGGGUCUUUGCAAUGGAGUCAUUUCUCUGGCCUGAUCAGCUUUAGAGUUUAUUUAUGUUUGGUGUUUGAAAAUCCAAAUCUCUCUCUUCGCCGACGCCUAAAAUUACUAAAUGUUUUAGAACUAAGUUAAUCACGAGACAUGUCAAUCACUUAGUAAUCAUGUUUGUGUGUUAUGUACGUUUAUAUCUGUUACAUGAAGAAGUUUGAAGCAUGUUAUUUACACAUAUGUACACCGUGAGUACAUUAA